CUUCGUUUUCGUCCACUCUUUUAGCUCAGUCCCAAUGUGCCAUAGCCAAAAUGCUUGUCUCUGCAAUCACCAACCCCCUCCCCUCUCUCUGCUUCUGCAACCACCUUCUCUGCUCCAAUUCCAAUAGCACCAAUCUCCUCCUCCUCCUCCACCACCACUUCCCGGCUCCACGUUUUCGCUCGCCCCCGCCAUCUCUUCAUCUCCAACGCCUCCGCUUCUUCUUCCCUCCUCCUCCCUCCGACACAUUCUUCCCAAACUCUUAGCUCUAACCCUAAUCCUGAUACUGAUACGCUUCGCCAUGUUGCUCAAACGACACGGCCUGAUGAUGAUGAUGAUGAUGAUUCCGAGCAGGCUAUGGUGGCUUCCGCCUCUGCUCUCGCCUCCGCUAUUCGUAAAUCUGCUACUUCCCCUGUUGAGUUCAUCCAGCGGAUUGAGAAGAAACGAAAAAGCGGACUUGUACUACCUAGUCAUGAUUUUCAGGGACUUUGUGUCGAACAGCUUGACCUCCUUCGUAGGAUAUUUCCUGAAGCUCUGCUCUCGGUUUAUGUUAGACCAGCUGGUAGCUAUGUGAUGGAUCGUCUGGAGUUGCGGAGGGUUUCUCUCAACCCACGAGAUGCAGAUGACGUUGUUAUUUUAGUUGGUCAUUUUAACAUUCCUACAGGUUUACGUGGUGCCGAAGCGGCGCUUUCGGAGUCGCAAGCUGAAGUUGUUCCAGAAAGUAAGGCUGUGAUUUUCCCAAUGGUCAAACACCCGUUUGUUGUUGGCUUCUUGGUUGCCGAGCUUCCCGCUUAUGGAUGUUGGAACAUUUGUCAAGGACAACCAAUCACAAAUGGGAAGUUCACUGACGAGCAAAUAUCAAAUGCUGUCAACAUUUCACGUUUCAUAGCUGUGGCAUAUGUUAUGGAUCAGACUGUUUCACAUGUUGUUGGCUUCUUGGUUGCCGAGCUUCCGCUUAUGGAUGUUGGAACAUUUGAGCAAGCUCACAGAGAUGAGCGAGAUAGGUGCCUCUCUGUCGAGAAAACUCAUUCGUUGCCGCCUGUUUUGGAUAGAAAGCGUAGGCAAAUUCAAACUGUUCAGGUCAAGGACAACCCAAUCACAAUGGGAAGUUUCACUGACGAGCAAAUAUCAAAUGCUGUCAACAUUUCACGUUCAAUAGCUGUGGCAUAUGUUAUGGAUCAGAAAGCAAUGUUACUUCAGCAGUCAACAUGGCAAAAUAAUGUCCGGAUGAGUAAUCUAGUCGAGCAAAUCCGGGGUCCUCUUUCCAGUAUCCAGACCUUAAGCAAAAUCCUGUCCACUCAAACAAAGAGAAGUGAGGUUGCAUAUGACAUUAUUGAAGACAUCCUGUUGCAAGGUGAUCGUCUGAGAGAUGUCCUUGGACAACUCCAGGAUGUGUUACUUGACCAAGAAAUUGUCACAACUCACAGCACAGCUAGGUGGCUAGAGCUAAACAUACUGCGCUACAAUGAAGAAGCUAUCAAGAAAAUGAAUGGUUCCACUUACUUGCUGAGUCACUAAAAUCUCAGUUGUUAUAACUUUCCAAGGGAUGAUUCUGAAAACAUGCAUAAAUCUAUUGAGUCACAUUCUCUAAGUGCUGCUGCCAAGGAUAUAGAGAUGCCCCUACCGCCUUUUGCUCUCGCUCCCUUGCAACAUGGAAUUAGACCGUGCAAUGUUUCUGAAGUAUUAGCUGACUUGGUUGAUGCUGCAAGACCUCUUGCCCGGAAUCAAAAACGGACAAUAGAACUAAAUGAACUCUCAGCACCUUUGCUAGCUGCUGUAGAAGGACCUGCUUUGCGUCAGGCUUUUAGCAAUCUCAUUGAAGGUGCUUUACUACGUACACACGUGGGUGGUAAGGUUGAAAUUGUGUGUACUGAUGCUCCAGCAGGUGGUACCCUUGUAAUGAUUGAUGAUGAUGGUCCUGACAUGCAAUAUAUGACCCAGAUGCAUUCACUAACACCUUACGGACCCGAACUCCUGUCUGAAGAUAUGGUUGAAGACAACAUGACAUGGAAUUUUGUUGCGGGUCUGAGUGUUGCCCGUGAGAUACUGGAGAGUUAUGGAUGUGUUGUGCGUGUGGUAUCCCCUCGAAUCAGGGAUGCACCUCUAGGGGCUGGGGGAACUCGCGUGGAGCUCUGGCUUCCAUCAUCUGCAAACUCUGAUUUGAGCAGCCACAUGCAAGAGUUAUAACAACGCUUUUGGGUUGUCCAUAGUAGAUUAAGAGACAUUUCAAACUGAUCCCAUCACAUUUUAGAAUAGUGAGAUAAUUAGGAUAAAGUGGUCUGGCAUGUAUUAAGAGUUCUUGCCUUAAUCAUUGUGAGAGAUGCUGUUGGGUCCUGUAUAUAGUACGCUUGAUAGCUCAAUGUACAAUUUUAUCCUUAAUACAAUGUAUAAAUGAUAGAAACCAUAGCGCUUUAAGCUUUAGCUGGCCACACGCGGACCCUUUAUGAAUUCAGUAUGAAGUUGAUAUAGUUGUCAUGAA